CUCAUAUCUCCGUCAAAAAGGCGCAUGGGCCCAAACCAACUUGGGGUUUUUCACUACUGGCUAUUCCCUACAUGGUGAAAAUAGUCUGAGUCGAAAAGCUUUUAAUCACCUCGAGAGGUUCCCUCGUUAGAUCACCUAGUAUAUAAGAUAUAAAUAUGAGACCUACCUAAUCAUGUAUAGGGAGAAAAGCCGAAAAAAAUACUGUUUUUCCUUACUUAUGGGCCACCCGGUACUUAUCUAUCUAUCUAUAUAUAUACCCACCUAUCUAUCUACUUGCUAUAGUAGUUUAUUCUGAGAAAACUCUCAGCGAUAAUAUCACUGAAAUAUGUCAUGUAUUGUAAAUUUUGGAAUUGACAAGAGCGAAAUGUAUUUUCCAAAAUCUUCUUGCUCAAAGUGAUUCCGAAACUUUGAAUUUAUAUGAUCCAUUGUAGCUUUCUCUUUAACUUUGAAAACGUUUUGUUGUUUAUUUUGGUAGUGAUCGAUAAAUAGACAAGUCGAAGGGGAUUUUAUUGCGAAAUAAUCUUUUGACGAAGUUUUAUUUAGAAUAUAAACUAUGUUGAAGCUUGUUUUUUUCAGAUUACAAUCAUGACCAAUACACUCGAACAAGUUAUUGAACCAACUGCUCCAGAAUCUAUGAACAUCUUUCAAUGGAACAAUGAAGAAUUACAAAAAUGGGCACGAUAUGGAACUACACUGCAAGAUCGACAUGUUGCCGACAACAACAAAAGUUCUUAUGGAUGA